AACAUCGUCAUCGACGCUAUUCCUUGACGAUGGAACGAUAACCAUUUUGACAAUGGCUAAGAAAUGCCAAAAUUUCGCAUAUUUUAAGGAUUGUGGGACAAAUUCAAGCAUAUAUUCACAUUUAACUUGGUUCAAAGAUUUCGGAAUGAGGUGAUGUCACCAUGACUAUCAAAGGAAAGGAUUUCAAAAAGGCAGUCUCCUUUAUAAAGGAGUUCCUUAUGAAGCUCCCGGAAGAUCCUGAAUGUGCUGAGCUCCGAGACAAUCUUAACCUGGCACUCCUUCACAUGAAGAAAUAUUUUAAAACUGUAUGGCUCCUACAGGAGAAAGAGAGAAAUAACAGUAGUGGAGAUAAGUUGGCCCAGUCCCUCCCGAGAGGGAGCGGCCCCUCCUCUCUGCACCAAGAUGAUCCAGAUCGGUUCCAUUGGAAAUGGGUGAGCACAGACCGGACUAAUCCGUUGCGGGUGAGUCUGCCAUUGGAUGGGAAGGAGCUACCUGUUCUACCUCUUAUUCUCCAGGCUACUAAGGAAGGAGACAAAGAGCUGGUGGAGCAGCUUAUUGACAAAGAACCCAUGUGUGUACAUGCAUCAGAUGACUUGGGUAGGAAUGCUGUCAUGUAUGCUGCUCAUUAUGAUAAACUAGAUUGUAUGGACGUCCUACUCACAGCCCAUGCUGAUCCAAGUGUGCGCUCAAAAGAUAACUACACAGCAUGUCAUGUUGCAGUGCAUGGUGGGAACUGGGAGGCGUUAGAGAAACUCCUAGCCCAUGAUGCUGAUACUGAGACUCAGGAUAACAUAGGAAGGGCACCUUUACAUUGGGCUGCAUUACUACCAGACAUUGAUUGUCUAGAUAUGCUAUUAAAGGCUGAUGUGAACAGAAGCCCCAGAGAUUGUGAUGGACUGACACCAGCCAUGUGGGCGUGUCACGUUGACAAUAAGACACACUUUGACCUUAUAACCUCAGGUCAACACAAGGUUGAAGAGGAUGAUGGGAUAGAACGUGACCUGCUCGGAAGGACAUGGAUUCAUUGGUCUGUGAAGAGAUCAGAGUCACUGGAAUGUUUGGAUAGCUUGCUGAGUCCUGCUACAGCUGCUAUAAAAGACAAAGAAGGGAGGACAGCUAUACAUCUUGCUGCUUCACUAGGUGCUCUUGAUGCAUGUCGAUUGGUUGUAUCAAAGGUUGGCCCAGACUCUUUAAAUGAGACCGAUAAUCAUGAUAGGACCUGUCUUCAUCUGGCCACUAUAGGCGGACAUGGAGAGGUGGUUAAUUUCCUUCUUGAUCAUGGAGCUGAUGUGAACAGAUUAGACAGGUCGAAAAAGACAGCAUGGGACUAUGCGGAGGAGAAAGACUUACACUACUGUAAGCUGAUCAUUGAAUCGUAUUGUUCACCCAGAGAAAGAACACCUAGUAGAGGAAGGAAUAGACAUAGAGGAACAGAGGUGAAUAAUAACUCAAUACCAAACUCAGGGAAUAAUCCAUCCUCACAAUCAAAUCAUCAACAACUCUCACCUGAUCACGAGGGUAGGAUACCCUCCCCUCCCCACCAGCCACGCCCCUUCAUCCAAGCACUGCCCCCACCAAAGAGAGGUCAUAGUCCAAGGCGCCCCUCACCAAACAGACCGACACACCCCCAUACAGGAAUGGUACACCCUGCACCCCAGUCACAGUUGAAUGAUGAGCCAUUAGAUGGGCCAAACCAUUCCACGCAGGAGGAGGGUAGUGCACCUUUGGAAAGUGACAUUGUUAUUAGUCCUGUGGACUCAGAACAAGGGAAGGUAGUGCAAUACAGACCACCAUCAGAGGGGGAAAUCGUGCAAUCUCAAGAGGGCGCUAUCAUCGACAGCGACAUGCAGCCAUCUAGUCAGGUCGCAGAGAAAGAAGAACAAGCAAAAGGUCCUCGUAACCCACGAGGGCGGUCUUGUAGCGUGGUGAGUGACAUGAGUGAACAGAGCAUUAAUUUUGGGAUGGAUGUUUCUGAUAUUGAGGGUGAAGAUGGAACCAAGGAGUCUGGCAGGGUCAAUGAGAGGCUAAUAGAGCCUGUCCCAAGUCCCGGCUGGAAGUCACAGCCAACAAGUCAAACAGUAGUUAAUCAGAAGCUUCCCAUACCACCGCGCCCACCCAGCCCUGCCCUGGCCCCUACCAGUCCACCCCACCCAUUAUCAUCACCUACAUCUCCAUCUCAUACCGUGCCAUCAUCCACAUCUCCAUCAGCCCCGCCCAUGCCUCAGAUUACACCGUUCACCAAAGCACCUCUCCAAGGACCGCAAUCACCUCCUCCAUCUGCACCCCCUCAGCAACAGCAGCAACAACAGAAGCAACCCAAACAACAGCAAGGUUUGACGGGGGUUUCACCCCGUCGUCUCAUGCCCCUGGCUGACCCCCUUGUCCCCCAGACCUUACCUCCAGCUCUCCCUGAGACAGGUGGAGGGACAGGGUCAUCUGCUUUAGGAGGGAAGGGGAAGAAGAAGAAAAAGAGGAAAGGCAGUGCUGGUGGAGGAAAAGAUGAUUGGGGAUCAUUAGUGGCUCCCCAUCAACCCAUCGCUCCUAUCAGAUCACCCACUAAUCCACCAGAACCUGAUUUUGCUCUAAGGCCACCAAGUCCAGGGUUCCUAUCCGCUCCAGGUCAUCCACCAAACUCAAACAACCAUCACCCCACCCCCAGCAAUCAGCACUCACCAUCCCCUACCCCUACCCCACGCAACCUAAACCGCUCCCCACAACCCCCUGUCAACCACCACCAACCCCAUCAAUCCCAAGAACUAGCCCAGGUGGCACCACUUCAAGCUGGUGGUGGGGUGUCCAAGACCCAGCAGCAUCAGGGGCAGAACAGGAACGGGGCGUGGGAGGUGUCCUGGGAACCCAAACGCCCUGGUAUGCCUGCUCCUCCUGUUACACCCAGGGAUAACCGAGGAGGAGGGGGGCUACCCUCUCCAGGAUCUGGAUCCCUCCUACCACAAGCCACAUCUCAGGGAGGUAUGCUCCUAGACAGGGGUAACUCUGGAGGAGGAGGAGCUGGUGGUGGGGGUAAGUCUCCAAGAGGUUCAUCACCCCAGCCAGCCCAAAUCAGCCCAAGGGGUAGCAAGAACAAAUCUGGAAGCCAUAACCAGGGCGGACUCACCGAACUCCAGAGACCACGAACGCCUCAGAUGCCUGUUACUGCACGAUUCCCUGACACACGAGGGCGCACUUCUGGUUCUCUCCCUGCCCAUCCACCCCCGGGAAGGCCUUGAAUGGUAGAUGUUUCCAGCUCCUGCUUGCUUUACACCACUUCUUAUUGGCAAAGCCUACUGAUAUUUAAACAUACAUUUUGUAUGUAAGGCUUCUUUUUUCGCAUCAAUGGAUGUGAAGUUCUACCAGUUUUAUUCAUAGACUUUACUAUGAUGAUCAAUGUGAUACAGCAGGAAGGGAUUUUUCGUCUUCAAGGGUAAAGAUUCAACUUGAAGUAGACGAAGAAACAAGUGAAGAUUCUAAGUGCAUGGAUGUCUACUGGAAAUCUGUUUCAUCAUGGGUAUUAUUAACAGAGCAUGGGUAAUAAACAAUCAUUAUAAAAUCAUAUUCAAGUUGUAUGUUUUUCUGGCAGAAAAUUAAAGAUUCCUAAUUCUUACAGUGCUUCAUAAAUGUGUUGUAAUUUUGCAUGAUAAGCCACAGACUUGCUGGUUGUGUUGAAUUUAUCAUAACUUAAAGUUUUAGUAACAAACUUUAUUUGUUUACCAGUGAAGGAAUUAAGCUUUCACUUUCUUAUUUAUCUAAUAGUUUAUCACUGUUGGAAGUCUAAAAAAAGAGGUCACUUAUUUUUUUGGUGGAAAACUGACUGAAUGCAGUAUCAAGUUUGUUUUUAGAAAUUACCAAAAUAUAUUUUUCAACCAAAUAUGUUGAAUAGAAUAUGUCAAUUAAUCAAACAUUGAACACUUUCUUGAUUUAGAUCAUCACAAGAAUAAAUGUGAUUUAGAUUUAGCUAAAUAUAUUUACAUCUAUUGUCUGAUGUAACAAUUUAAAAAAAAAUAUGCAUGUAUAAUGUUAUACCUCAAUUAUCUUUCUACUCCUGCCAAAAAAGCAAACUUUGUUUUCAAGUAUUUAUUUAUUGUAUUAACAAGAUUGGAUUUAAACAUUUUUUAAUUUGGAAACCCUAAAGCAUGCUUAUGUUUAAUACUGGAGUGUUGGAACUUGCUUUAAUAUACACUUGCUUAUGGGAAAUAUUUUCUAUUUAACAUUGCAACUCGUACAUAUCAAUAUCGUGUCAAACCUUGAGAUUUUUUUUGUGGUAAUUCAUUCAGCUUCUCAAAAAAUUGUUUUCAUGCAGUAUUCAUUUCUGUAUACAGUUUAAUGUAUUGUAAUUUUAGAAGAAAAUCUAAACGUCUUUCAUGUUUUGCUGUAAUGGCUUUGUUAGAACCUUGCAGAUUGUACAUUGAAUCUAAGAUAGACCCUUGAUUGUGUAGCAUUGAAGAAGAUAAGGUUGCAUUCACUUGGUUUAUAGGUUACUGAUUCCAAACAAAACAAGACAGCUUGCAUAUGAGAUUCACCUAAUCAUAUUUUUACAUUUCAAUUUUUACCACAAAGAAAAAAAAAUAUAAGCUUUUGCAAAAUAAACUAUCGUUUAUUUCUACUGAAUUGAAUUUAUUCACAUCUGCUGGUACAAAAAUUUUUAGUCCAUGAGGUUCAAUAAGUUUUGUAAAUAUCUUUUUGCACCUCCAAAUAAUUUUUAGUGCUAUCACAUAUUAUCAUCACAGCUUUAACUCCAGCAGCCAUACUCAGAGCUCAGGGUAUUCAUGGAGUUAAUCCUACUUGAACCUACUUAACCUCAAAUGCAAGAAUUUUGGGUUGUAUAAGAUGAUCAAGACCUAUUCAAGUUUGUAAAUAGGAUACCAACUUUUUCAGGUCAUGGCAGUCACCAGGGAGUGAUUGUAUGCCCUUGUGUGGAAAAGAAAAGACUUUGCAGAAGUAGGCUUUUCAGGGUAAUGUGAUAAAAUGUAAAGGUUUGGAGCUGGCUAUAGUCAGUGAUAAAGCUGAGAGAUGAUCCACAUGGUAAAUGCAUCUUAAAAUCAUACUAACACUCCACUGCAACAAUCAGAUCAGGCUCAGAAGAUGUAUUCUACUGCAUAUUAUGAAUGGCUUUUUAAUAGUCACACUUAAAAUGUUUUAAAACAUCCCUGGCGGGGGUUUCAUAAAGUUGUUUGUAAGUUAAGAGCAACUUUUAAGAAUGACUGGUGAUCUUUUCUUGUGGUAAAUGGUAUACACCAAAAUGUUCAUUGGUGAUGGUUUAGCCCGUGGUUAAGCGCUUAUGAAAGGUUCACCAGUCAUUCUUAAAGUCGCUUUUUAACUUACGAACAGCUUUAUGAAAUGGCCCCCUGGUGUGAUCAAUGCUGCAUUGUUCAUUGUGAAAUUGUUUGGAAGUAGUAACCUAUGAAAUUUUGCUUCAGUACUCCUUCAGAUCACAUGUCUUUCAUUACAAUUUCUGCUCUAUAAUUUCUACAGCGUGUAUGCAUCUGUAUGUGUGUGUUUUGCUUGUUAAUACUAUGUAAAGAGUGUGCCAAAUAUACUCCUUUUUUACUGCAUCGACAAUAUGAAUCAGAGAAAUGUAGCAUGUUGACAAAUGCUAGAUAUUAUGAUUAUGAUAACUCUUAUGAAAUUCACUUUACUCCAUUGAAAGAGGAAUUGUUAUUACAUUGAGGGGUUUUAUGAAAUAACUGGUAAGAAUUCAAUCAAUGUAUCUAGAUAAAAUGGAUAUGCACCAACAUCAACUAACUACAAUUACACAUGUAAUCAUAUGCAGUUUAUGAAAAAUGUGAGCCCCCCACCAAGUUCUUUAUUGUGAUCUUGUUUUAAGUUUAUUUUGAUUCUAGCUGUCAAUUUUAAUGUUUUAAGACUUGAAUUGAAGAAAGAAAAAUAAAUCCAGGAAACUUGAGGGGAAAAGAAAGUAGCAAUUACUUGGUAAACCCUUUUCUAAAGAUAAAGAACAUAGCCAACUGGUAUUGAAUAAUUGUUUCUUCAAGGAGACAAGUAAUUUCCAUUUGACACUCUGUCAAGAAAAACAUGUUGGUAUUAGGUUUACUUGGGGGGAAAAUGGUGUUCGCAGAGGUCAUCAAAUGAGAGUUGAUAUUCAUUUAUGAAUGUUGACUAAUCUUCUAACUUUGCCUGAGCUAAUUCUUACAAAUUUCAUCUCUCAAUAGGAUUGUGAAUCAUGUUAUGUAUGCUUUACUUCAUGUUAAUCCUUCAGCUAAAAUGCCCAAUUACUGGAUGUUAAUAAUUAUCAAUUAUGUAAAAAAGAACCUGUAUGUGUAAUGUAUAUAUUACAAUCCUUUUCUGUCAUAUAAUUAAUGUUUUAAGAAUAUGCCUUAUCACUACCACCUUGAUAAAAAAGAACUUUCAAAGUGCAAUUUAGAAUGUAAAUAGUUUUCUUGUGUAUAUAUAAGAAAUUUGUGUAUAUAUAAAUAUUUAUAGCAAUACAAGUAUGUAUUGUCCCCAAUUUGUGUGAAUAUGACAACUAUGGUAUACGUUGGACAAGUUUCAAGUCCGUAGUAAUUUUUUUUUUAUAUAAUUGAAUGUUUUCUGUGUGCAUGUGGUUUUCUUGCAGAGCAUGUAAAUUCAGCUGAAAAAUUAGUCUUUCCUUCUUAGCAUUUACUUGGUAAUUUUUGUUUGACAACGUGUAGUUAGUACCCUUUGAUGUUGCAAAAUGAAAUAGUAUUGUUUGUGAUUGUAUUGGUAGUUAGAUAUCAUAAUGACUACUGUGAUUUGUAUUAUUAUGAUAUUGUAGAGGAGUAGCUAGGUUUAACAGUAAAAUUGAAACUUGUAAAGAACUAAGGAUUGUGUCUAAUAAUCAACUAUGUCUGAUAUUUUUUUUUCAAAUUCAAAUUUUAGUACUUGAAAUACUAUACUUCAUCUAUUAAUGUUAUAAAAAAAUCCUCAUAUCAUUUGGUCUAAUGGCCAUUUAAGAUAGUACUGGUAUGUCAUUUGGUUUAAUCUAAGAGAUUUGUCUAUUUCCUCUUCACCUGUCUGGCUUCUGUUUAUAUAUAGGGCUUUUAAGCCCAAAAUAAUUGUUAACAUCAGCAUUUUUUGCUUCUCAUUUCUGAAGCUAUAUAUCUACUGACAAGCUAAAAACUUGAAACUCUAACCAAUCUUAGUUUAGGUCCUACCAAAACCAGCACUGAGCUCUAACAUUUGUUUUAUUCAAGUGGUCAAAAAGUGUGUGUAUAUAUGCUUUUGAAAUCGCUUUGAAAAUCAUCAAAUUUACAUGUAUUUGGUGUAAAUCUAUUUGACUAUGUAGAUCAAAUUUGUGAAUAAUAGGAACAAACAUAAAAUAUUCAUUUUGCUAUUUUUUAUCAACGUAAAAAGUGUAUUUGUGUUAAAAGUGUAUAGUAAGCUUACAGGUAAUGUGAUCCAAUAAUGUUAUAAUCUCCUAAAAUGAUGAAUUAAGAAUGUUUUUAUGAUUUUGACCACUGCUGGUCAUGUGACACUUUAUUAAUUUGUCUGAUCAUAAUCACUGAAUAUUUUUACAUGUUAAGAAAAAUAUAAGCCCAUGGUUUUCUUUCAAGUGAGCUGUGCUUGCCAGAGUACCAUAUAUGAACCUUGACAUUGUUAUUUUCUUAGCCCAAGUGGCUUUUGUACACAACCUCUGAGCUGUUUAAAAUAUCAAUCCCAAAAGUGAUCAGAUGAAGAGGGAACAUUUUUUAUAAGGUAAUGUAAUGUGUUAAAACUGUUAAUUCAUGUUCUCAGUGAAAAAAAGAAUGUAUUCAUAUAUCCCAAUAUUACAAUUGAGUAUAUUUUACUCCAACUUUAUAAUUUAUGUAUGAAAUGGCAAAUUUUAAAUCCUCAUUGACAUUGAGAAAGUUGUAUUUCAAGGAUGGGAUGCAUUGUUUAAUUUCACACCUUUUCCCCACACACCUCCCCUCAACAACAGGAAAUAUGAAUAAUGUGUCUGUUUGAGAUUCAAGGUUUGGGAUGAUCAUGAAUUAUCAAGAAUUAUCUGAUGACAAUGGAUUAUUUAUCAUUGUUGCAAUUAAGGUAAAAGAAAAAAAAUCCAAUAAGGAGAACAUGCUUUGAUUCAUCCAUCUUUCCCAUAUAACAGGGUCUUUUUUAUUUUAUUGAUAUAACAAAGUGAUUACAGGAAUUUUUACGUGCAAAAUAAACUGUUCAAAUCAAAAUUCAAAUUUAUUUCCAACAGAAAAAAAUAUAAUAUAAAAUUAUAACUAUAUCUUCCAUAGUACUGUAAAACAUAGUGUCAAAUAAAGUGCAAUGUGAUUGAUACAUGUAUGUAGGAAAUGGGUUUAAUAUCUACUUUUCUUCAGUUUUGGUAAAAAACAAUUUACAUUCUGUUAAUUUUUACAUUUCUUCGUAAUAUCUGUGACCUAGAAAAUAUCGAUAGUGUGAAUAGUCUUAUUUCUAUAAUGAUGCUCUUGUCAUGUUAAUUUGUUUUACAUUGGACAAUCAAUGGAGGUAAAGAGAGUAUGAUUAUUCAUUAUUAAACGUCAUUAAAAUGAAUGAUAAUAGAAUAUGUAAUGUUGUCACCAUUCCUGACAAGUUUGAUUGGGCAAAAUCCCCAUAAAUGUACAUUUCCUUUCAAUUUGUAAGCCAUGUUACCGGUACUUCCUUGUUUUUAAAGCUGUUAAAACCACGUUUUUAUGCUUGUUUUAAUUGACCCCUUCCUUGAAUAGAUUUUCUUUUUAAUCUGCCCAUGCAGCUCAGCCUCAUAAAUUGUAUUAUUUAUGCCUACUGCAUAAACUGACUCAAAUGAAUUUAAUAUUCAUUUGAAAGUUUCUAUAGUAUGACAACAUCUAAUUCAUCAUUCACUUGUAUGUUGUAUAUUAUAGUUAUAAAGGCAGGGACUGUGAUCAUGAUGCGAGGAAUUGUAAAUAAAUGCUAUAACUUUAUGAA